GGUCGACGUCUCGCGGUCGUCACUGUACGCCAUUGUGUAAGUUGCGGUCUUUGAUUGUAGGCAACAAUGGAGUUCCCUCUUAAGACAGACUUCUUCCCUCAAGUGCGACUCACGAUGGAAGAGCGACGUAGGUAUGUGACCACAGGAGAAUGCAGUGCACGGGUACUCCGCAGCUCCAUGAAGACACUCGACUGGAAAAAAACCAUGGAGAAGGACGGGGUAACGUACGCGCAAGCGCAUUGCAUCGAAGGCAGCAAUAGUGUCACCAGUUCUCCAUUUUCAAAUAUGGUGACAAGCAAAGCGGACGAAGAACCGCAUAACACCGCAUCCGCCUGUUUGAUUAUGAGUGCGACGGCGUUCGCAGCGGGAACCAUCAGCGAGGCCCUCGAGGCGCUGGCGUCACCUGUUACAGAGGAUUAUCGUCGUGCGAUGCAUUUCCUGCACGGAUCUCGUUUCAUCGAUGGAGUAUGUUUGCACAAGAUACCAGCCGCACCGCCUAACAGCUCGAAAUCGAACUCCCAGCAUCAAGCAUUCACAACCAUCAAGUGGGCGGCUUUCGACGAUGGUAAGGCGUUGCAUUUAACGGGGGCACCUGCUGGCACAGACUAUUGCUUUCUCGAGCACACGGGAAUCCACCGGAGUGACCCUGGUAAUGAUGCCAGUGAACUCUUCGGAUUUAGUGUCCAGGAGUCGAUCAUUCGUGAAGGUGAAGUGCCUUCCCUUGCGGGAGUCGGACUGGCACGAGGUCAUCUCCACCGCACGGGCAUCCUCAUCCUACCCACAGAUCGCUCCGAUGUGGUUCAAGUCACUUCAAUUUUUCAGAUGUCAAUGGCAGAAGGUAUUGCUCUCGGAGCUGCAAACGAUAACAGUGGAGGUGCAUCCAAUUCCGGAAAGGCAACUUCCGCAGCUUUAGCUCGAUUGAUGCGUCGCCGAGUAGCUGCAAUCGGGAGACUCGAGUUGCUGGUAGAGCGUCGCCGCCUUAACAAGCUAGUGCACGUACCUCGAGCUGAAUGGGUGGCUGACGAUGCACGCAAGGCAUGUGCUGUGUGCGUGAAACCAUUUGCGCUUCGACGACGCAAACAUCACUGCCGGCACUGCGGAGAGGUCGUGUGUGCGUCGUGUGCUCCUGCGCGUGGGGUAGACACGGACUCCAGUACAACUACCCACGUCCGUAUUUGCACAGCCUGUGUCGUGCAGUCACGUACGGGUGCGCAGGUCCCUGGUGGUUUUGAGAUUUUCGUGUAUCACAUGCGGAACACUAAAACAUCACUUUCGUCUUCGGCUUCUAAAAACUCGAUCGGAGUUAACGCUUUGACUGCCAACAACAACAACAACGCCGAGAUCCACACUCGACCGAAAUCGCUGUCGUCUGGAAGUAGCACGUUUUCAAUCUCAAGCGACUCGCAAAUGUCUGCGCGACUAACACGCGCGGGCUAUGCGGAUGGCACUAUCAGAAUGUAUGACUUUGAGGAUGACCACUUGUCCAGCAACUCGAGCAGUUAUUCUCUGAGCGAGUUCAAUUCCUCCGAUAGCUUACUCGCCCUGACCAGCCAGGACGACGUAGAACGCUGCCAGCGCAGAUCGAGCAGUCAAGGGAGAGGCAGUAGUCAGCUUACUAUUAGCUCUCCACAGUCGCCGAGCAGUAGCUUCGAGCCGACUGAUGAUCUGCUCGAGCGCAUUCGAGGAAUGAAGGCCGAUUUGUCAAUGCUAACAACGUCGUACCGGCAAUUUAGUGAUGCCCACAACUUCAGGAGUGCCCACAACUUCAUCGUUGAUACGGAUACGCCCCAAUCUGUCCUCAAUAUGCAAGAGUCGGGUGGCGCAGAACACGAUGCAAGAAGUCGACGGACAAGGAUCAGCGAUCCCGAAGCCACCGAGGGCAUUAUGGACGUCGAUUUCAUCAACAGUGAGCAAUUCACACUACUUUGUCCAGACACGCUAAGUCGUCAAUGGCGUACGCGGACCAGCAGCCGCGUGCGCCAAGAUGCUGGCGAUAAAUCUCAACUCAGGGCAAGUAUAUCCAACAUGUCAUUCAUGUCCACCUUGUCCAACUUGGCGAUGCUGGGGGAUGAAGAAAACUUGGCGGCACGCGAUUCUCAGGAUCUCAAGCGCGAGGGCUUUGGCGCAGGGGAGCGCAGCGAGAACCAAGUCGAGCUUCUGGCACUUAGGCAGCAGGUUGAAGGACUACAUCGAUCGUUGGCGGCCGCAACCUCACAGCUCGACAACAUUCGCAAGCGUCGAGCGUCCCGCCGGGCGCAGCAGCAGCAACCCACCGACCCGGUAGCUGCGAGGCACCACACCAUUUACGGACUUCUGGUGGAGGAGCUGCACGAGAUUAUGGGGCUGCCCCGACCCGGCCACGAUCAUUAG